AUUUGGUUUCUCAAUUUUCUGGUUUGUUUACAUUUUUGUGAUCAAUUGGUGAUUAAUUACUGAGCUUGUCUUAGAUAAUUUUUAACUGUUUCAAUUAACUGUUCCCAUCAAAUUAAAGGUAAGAUUUUGAUCCACAAUAAUAUUCUGAUUCUAUUCUUUGUGUAUCAAUUGUUUUCUUCGCCAUGUUUACCUUGUAGAAACUGAAAGAGAAAUUUGUUUAUUCUUCAAAUUGAUUCUGAUUCAUUUUUAAUUGUUCAUCAGGAUGUUGGAUCUAUUUGGUAAUGUCUUUGGUCGGAGUAAAAAGUCCGCUUCGGGCUCUAAUCAGGCUUCUACAAGUAAACAAGAAAAUACUACAACCGAUGAAGAUUUUGUUGUUGUUCCAAACCAAGGGAAUCCUCCUGAAAACACAUUAUAUCCUUACAUUGAUUUCUCUGAAUUGAGUAGAAAUGGAGAAGCGGCCGCCGCAGCCAGCGCAAGUUCAACAAGACAAUUGGAUGACAAGCAUUUAUCCCCAUUGGAAAAUGUUCCGUUUACCUGCAAUUUAAAUUUACCUGGACAGAAAAUGAGUGUUGAAUUGAAACCUUAUUUCGAAACAAUUGAAAAGAUUGAUCUAUUUCUCUCAGCUCCAUCAAUGUCCGAUUAUAACUUCUCAUUGGAGAAAAGUUUUCUCAACGAGUACCAAUAAUCUUGAUUCUUUUCAUAUUCUAAAAUUUUUAUCAAAUAACUUCAAGAAUCCGAGACAAUUGUUGCUCUCAUUAAUUCAUCAACUCAUUAAAAUGAAUCAUUUUCAUUUAAA